GGUCAUACUCGACAGGACCGACGGAACAAGUGUCUGUGUACAAGAUGGCGGCGCCCGGGGGCUUAACUGUCGUGAAAAUCGCCAGGAAGUAGCCCGUAAACGGAAGCCGCGCGGUGUCGCAGCGAGCCGCGGAUCCCCGCUCCGAAGGAUGUGAUCCGAGGAAGAAGAAGAAGAAGGCCGAGUCCGGGCCAGAGGAGCCUUUUCUACACUGCCACGAGGAAAUCCGGAUUAUCCAACUUCCUCGGGUUAGUAUCGUGAUCAUCUUCGUGGCCACGCCGACGAUGGAGUCCAGGGAACGCUACCAGGAGCUCUGCAGACUUUGCGCAUCCUACGACGCCGUCAAGAUGGACAUCUUCGGUCAAGAGGGCAAGAACAGACAACUCGUUGACAAGAUACAAGCUUGUCUGCCGUUUAAGAUUGCAGAAGAUGAUCGACUACCAAAAUCUCUUUGUUAUCGGUGUAUGUACAAUUUGGAGAAUUUCUAUGAUUUUAGGACAGCAUGUGUUAAUGCAGUGGCUCUUUUGGAAAGGUGUCUGUCACCUUCAGAAUCGAAUGGAAAUGUUACAACCACUUUGAUGUGUUGUAAUGAUUCAGAGUUUUUUAAAGGAAGGAAAAGUAUACCAGUGUUGAUUCCAGAAGCACCUAUUGUGAAUCCAAAUGCUGCCUUAGGCACACCACCCAGAUUAAAUUCUGAUGGAGAGGCUGAUCAUGAAACAGAAGAAAUUAUUGAUAACAGUGGCACAGAUGAAGCAACGAUAGUGGAUGACUCUGAAGAUCGUCAUUCAGAAGAGUAUGAAAUGGAUAUGGAAACAAAUCCAAGUGAUUUUCUGGAAAUGACCUCAAUAGUUACAGAAGAACCUGAAGAAUCAGAAUUGAGACAUCAGGAACUUUCUAGUAAUUUACCAGAGCAUACAUCUCAACAACAUGAAGUUUAUGUUUGUUCUUUAUGUAACAAAGCAUUUAGUUCCAAGGGUCAUUUGUCAUUACACGCACGUAUUCAUGUUGGUGCUGGUGAUGUAAUUGGUGAAAAAGUUCUUACAGAUGACCAUACAUCUUACAAAAGACCUUAUCAGUGUGAUCUUUGUCAUAAAUCAUAUUCUACUGCAAAACAUCGUUGGGGUCAUGUUUCUACAACUCAUAGAGGCCAUCCGGCAGUGACAUGCGGUUAUUGUUCCCGAAUCUACUCAACCCGGACAAAUUUGGAAGAACAUAUAAAGUCACGUCACGCUGGUCUUCCAGCACCUACGGAAGUUCCACUCAACAAUGCCUAUCGUCCGGAAAAUAGGUGUCAAUGCAAUGCUUGUGGAAAAAUUUGCACAGAUGCUAUGGAAUUGAAUCUCCAUGGUAGGAUUUGCACUGAAGGACAGAGAUUAGAUGUUCCAGGAAAAAAUGAAAUUAGGGAUAAUAAAGUUAUGGAUAGUUCUGAAGUUUCAAGUACUGGUAGUGAUGAUGAUGGCAAAGAUUAUAGAAGUGCAGAAGCUAAAUUAGCGAAGAAUCCUCAAUUGACAAUUUUAAAACAAGCAUUAACGAAAGGAGAUAGCCUUAAGCGUGAUUUUGAAGAUAAAUUUACAACAAAUUGCAAACCAAAAAAGUUACCAAAAACAGAGCACACUGAUAUUCAAAGUAUUAAAAAAUGGUACUGUGAAUCUUGUCCUCAAUGUUUUGCUUCAGUUGAGAAUUUAAAAGAGCAUGAAGCAAUUCACGAUGUUGAUAAACCAUUUAUUUGCAUUUUGUGUAAAAAAGAUUUUGCUCUUAAAUCCUCUUUAAGCAGGCAUAUUCAAAUGUUACAUGGUGUUGAUCCAUGUUCUAUAGUAGAAAGCGAUAAAUGUCUAAAAAAAAUUGUUUCACAAAAUUGGAAUGAAUCUAUGGAUCUUGAUUUAUAUGAGGGUAAAACCUCUUCUGAAUUUCCAUUAUCUCCAGAGACAAAUGCAGAAAAUGAAGAAGACCAUGAGAGUGGACAAGAAAAUCUCAUUGAAAUUGAAACAGUAUUUGUUUGUGAAAUUUGUACUCGUGAUUUUAAUGAUCGUGCAUCACUCUGGCUUCAUAUUCGUGCUACUCACAAAGAAUUUGCGGCAUUUGCAUGUGGCGUUUGUUUAAAAAUUUGUGCAGACAAUACGCAACUUUUGAAUCAUGUGAAUAUGUACCAUGGUGGUUCAAAAUUAUUACUUUCUGAACAAAGAAGAUAUAGUUGUACUAUUUGUGGUAGACAACAUGAUUCUAGAAAAAAAUUAAUUGCACAUGUAUCUAUACAUAAUGUGGAUCCAAAUUAUGAUCCUGCAACUUUUGUUCAAUUAAAUAGUAAUUAUUAUGGAGAGAAUAUUAAUGGUAACGAAACGGCGGAGCAAAUCCUUGACUAUGAAGAAGAUGGAGAUAAAGUGGAUUGUUAUAUUUGUUAUAAAUCAUUUCCUAAUGAAGAUCAUUUGAUACGACAUCAAAGAAAUGCCCAUAGGUCAGAACAAUUAGUGUCAACAGAUCCUUUAAAUCCAUCGAAUUUAAAUGGUGGUGGAAAUAGAGCUCAAUAUCAUCUCUUCUUUGUUUGUGAACUCUGUGGUAGUUCACAUCCUAGUAAAUGGGAACGCUGGUUACACGUUAGCUCUUCACAUAGUAAUGAAUCAGCUAUAAAAUGUGAUCGUGAAGACUGUGGUAAAAUUUUUGCUACAAAAUCUCUUAGAAACGAACAUAUUCAGCAUCAUGCAAUUCAGGGUUCAUCUCCAAAUACUUGUGAAAUUUGUGGUAAACUUUGGGGCAGUAGAGUUGAUUAUUGGAAGCAUGUUAUGGGUGUUCAUUCGGAUACUGUUCCAUUAAUUUGUGGCGUUUGCUUAAAAGUGUUUCCCAAUGUAUUGCAAUUAAGUACUCAUGUAAGAUCGAAACACUGGCCAUUAACAAAUGGUGAUUUUAGUUGUGACAUUUGUGGGAGACCAUAUUCAAAUAAAUCCAAAAUGUCCAGACAUAGGAAAAUUCAUGGGUUUGAAGAAAGUUGCGAUAAUGGAGCAGAAAAUAGUGAAAAUAAAGUAGAUGGACGAAUGAGAGAAACGGAAUUAAGUUGUGAACUUUGCGCAGAUUUAAAGUUUACUAGUUUAGAAAAAUUAUGUAAUCAUAGACGAAUCGUCCAUGGACUUUUCCCUUGUGAUCUCUGUAAUAAAUGCUAUGGAAGAACAUCACAUUUAUGGAAACAUGUAAAUAGAGUUCACAAAGGUCAUGAAGAUGUCACUUGUCCUUAUUGCUUGAAAACUAGUGCAUCAAAAGAUCAUCUAGCAGCACAUAUCUCAAAAAUUCAUAGAUACGAACCUGACUCUAGAAAAGAUGGGAAAGAUAAUAGACAAUUUAAAACCGAAGAAGUUAGUUUACAUUAUUGUGAAAAGUGUAAUAAAGGGUUUCAUAAGCGAUAUCUUUUGCGUAGACAUAUGAAAGGAUGUCAAAAUUAUAGGAAAGAUCCUGGAGCGUUAUUAACAAGGUGUAGAGCUUGUGAAAGAAUAUUUAAAGAUCGUGCCAGUUUACAAAAACAUAUUGAAAAUCAUCAUAGUACAUACACAUGUCAUCUUUGCAAUGAAACAAUUACUUCAAAAUUAGGAAUUAUGACACAUAAUAGGGUGAAGCAUAUGGAUCACCCAGAUCUAACUUGUAACUUUGGAUCUUGUAGAAAAUUGUUUAGGACUAAAGAAGAUUUAGAAGCUCAUAGAAAAGACCAUAGGUAUCAUACGACUCCCAAUGUUUGUGAUUUCUGUGGUGAUACUGUUGAAAAUAAAUUAAAACUAAAGAUGCAUGUGUUAUCUCUUCAUCGCAACGAAAUUGGUGUAUCUUGUGGAGUAUGUUUAAUUCCAAUGAAGGAUCCGAAAGAGCUUAAAAAUCACGUGGAAGAAGUUCAUUCCAGUGUUCUUUCAAGACCUAACACAUGUCAAGUUUGUGGAAAACAAUAUGCUUCAAAGUGGAAAGCUUUUGAUCAUACUAAAAAGUGUCAUGGAAAAGUAUUUAGAACUUGUAAACAAUGUUUAGCUGUUUUCACUGAAGAUUCUGCAAUUAGAGAUCAUUAUGAAACGGUACAUAAUAUUUCCAAAGAUCAACUUGCUGCAUUUGAACAUAGAUUGGACAUUGGAUCAAAAAAUGAAGAUUUUGAAAUAGAGUCUACCGAUAUAAUAGUUAAAGAAGAACCGGAAGAUUUGGAGUAUGAUGUAGAUAUGUGUGAUGAAGAUUCCAGUGAUUCAAAGAGAAGAAGAUCCUUAACAGAUACGUUUGAUUGUGAGAUGUGUCCAGAAAUGUUCGUAAAUAGCGAUGCCCUCUCAAAACAUUAUCGAAAUAUGCAUAAUACAGAUCCAGAAAGAAUGUUUAAAAGAUUAAAACAAGAUGAACAGAGAAGAAUGCGUGGAAAAAUGAAUUUCUUUUGUAAGAAUUGUAGAAAACAAUUUUGCACAAAAACAUUAUAUUGGAAUCAUAUUGCAACUUGUAGAAGAAAUAUUAUGCGAAAGGAAGAAGAACUAUUACCUUUACGAAAUGAUAUCCUAAGUAAUCAAGAAGAACUUAUGAAAAAUAAUAAUCAAAUUAAGAAAGAAGAGCCUACAUCAAAUUUGAAUAUUCCUGAUUUUAAUCUCUUUGAAGAUAUAAAUCUUCAACUCUCAGGCCAGAGACCUCUUCCAAACCUUAUGCCACUUUCUCAAAGAACGAAAUCUUCAAUGAAAUGUUCAAGAAAGGACUCUAGGAAAGUUUAUGAUGAAUCAACAAAUACAGAAUGUGCUUGUGAAGUGUGUGGAAAACAAUGGCCAGCUAAGAAACAUUUAUGGCAACAUUUAAUUCGUUUCCAUAGAGCAGAAGCAGCAGUCACUUGUGGAGUAUGUUUGAAACUCUGUAAAGAUUAUGACGAUUUAGCAGAGCAUUUGAAAGCUGCACAUGAAGCGAUUCUUUCAACUGAAGGAAACAAUUUUACAUGUAAAACUUGCGGCAGGUAUCACAAUGCUCGUAGUAAAUUAUUAUUACAUACAAGUAUUCACAUUGGACACGCGGGUACUAGUACUUGGUGUCCAAAAUGUCGGAAAAAUAUUACAGAUGAAGCUACACAUUCGACUACAUGUACUGGAAAGACAGAAGAAGGAGAACAGUUGAAAAAUAACGAAAAAACAGAAGGAAGUCUGAUAACCGAUGAUGCAAUAAUUGGAGAAGUAGAAGAAGGAGACUUCGAAUCGGAAGGAGAAGAAGAAGCAGAUACGGAAGAAUCAGAAAGUGGCAGUAGUAUCGAAGCUGAAGAAGAAAAUGAAUCAGAAGAUGAAUCUAGAGCAACUGGAGAAAUAACUUACAACUCAGAAAGUGAAGAUUCGGAAGAACUCGAUAAUUUGGAAAUGGACGAAAAGAACAUGGAACAUUAUAACAUUGCUUUAGAACAUCUCCAGGAAACUAAAAACACAGAAGCAGAAAAACAUGAUACAAACUUAUCAGAUGACGAUGGACCUCCAGUUCUUAGUCCUAUAAUGCCUUUACUUCCUGAGAGUAUGUCUAUAGAACAAUCUAUGGGUCAUAAACUUGGUUCUAUAGUCUCUCUAACCAGGAAAGGAAUUGAAAUGUGUGAUUUAUCAGAGAUUCGAAGUCGAUCUUCUCCAAAAUCAGUGAAUCUAUAUGAAAAACACUUAUCUAACAAUGAAUCUUUAGAACUUGAAUCUGAAUCGUUUGCGAAUCGAAGCGAUGAAGAUUUUGAAGAUGGAAAGAACGAAUAUGAUGAAAAUUCCACGGAAGAAAAUGAGGAAGAAAUCGAAGAAAAUGAUGACAUCGAAUUACAUGAAGAAAUAGAAGAAACUGAAGAUAAUGAGGAGAUUGAAAAAAAUGAAGACAGUGAGCAGAUUGAAGAAAACGAAGAAAAUGAAGAUAAUGAUGAUAAUGAUGAUAAUGACGACAAUGAAGAUAAUGAAGAAAAUGAAGUUAUUGAAGAAAUGGAAAAUAAUGGAGGAAAUGAAGAAAUUGAAGAAAUUGAAGAAUCAGAAGAGCAUGAAGGAAAUGAAGAAAUUGAAGAAACAGACGAGGAAGAAGAGAAUGAAGUAAAUGAAGAAAAUGAAGAGAGGGUGGAAAACAUGCAAUUGGAUGAUUUGGAAGGUGCUGUUCUGAUGGUUGCUGAAGGAGAUCAAAUAUUGAUUCAUCAAGAAAUGUAUGAAGACGAAAAUGAAAAUUCGAAUCAAGAAUAUGUUUAUUCUACACUUAGGUAUAGUACAGAAGAUGAAAGCGAUGAUGCAAGAAAAUGAGUGCCAAAUUGAGAUUAAAUAAUUUGAAGAAUGUGGUGAGGUAGAGCUGUUAAACAUUGUUUAAAGAAUGAAGAA